CGCCCGCCAUGGCGUCCUCCACGCGCGUGGCGCUGGUGACCGGCGCCAACAAGGGCAUCGGCUUCGCCAUCGCGCGCGCCCUGUGCCGCCAGUUCUCGGGGGACGUGGUGCUCACGGCGCGGGACGCGGCGCGGGGCCGGGCGGCCGUGCAGCAGCUCCAGGCCGAGGGCCUGAGCCCGCGCUUCCACCCGCUGGACAUCGACGACCCGGGCAGCGUCCGCGCGCUGCGCGACUUCCUGCGCCGGGAGUACGGGGGCCUCGACGUGCUGGUCAACAACGCGGGCAUCGCCUUCAAGGUGAAUGAUCCCACACCGUUCCACGUCCAAGCAGAGGUAACCAUGAAAACAAACUUUUUUGGAACUAGAGAUGUCAGCGCAGAACUGCUGCCCCUUAUAAAGCCCCAAGGUAGGGUGGUGAACAUAUCCAGCAUGGUGUCUCUCAGAGCCCUCAAAAACUGCAGCCCCGACCUGCAGCAGAAGUUCAGAAGUGAGACCAUCACGGAGGAGGAGCUGGUGGCACUCAUGAACAAGUUUGUGGAAGACACAAAGAAUGGGGUGCACCAGAAGGAGGGCUGGCCUAACACUGCCUACGGCGUGUCCAAAAUCGGGGUCACAGUCCUGUCCCGAAUCCAUGCCAGGAAACUGAGUGAGCAGAGGGGAGGAGACAAGAUCCUUCUGAAUGCCUGCUGCCCAGGGUGGGUGAGGACCGACAUGGCUGGUCCCAAAGCCACCAAAAGUCCAGAAGAAGGAGCAGAGACCCCGGUCUACCUGGCCCUUCUGCCCUCAGACGCUGACGGGCCUCAUGGACAGUUUGUCAUGGAGAAGAAAGUUGAACAGUGGUGAGCUCAACUCAGCACCACCCAUGGGCUCUUUUGUGCCUGUCCUGCUUUGGCCAAGCGGUCACUUAACAAUCAAGCACAUUCUUAUGCAAAGAGAUAAUUGAGUUUCCCUGUGGGUACCCACUUCAAGUUGGCCCCUGAGUCCCUAAACACUUGUGAUUUCUUCCGUGCUAUGGAGAAAGAAAGUAUAUGGUGUAAAUAACGAAUGAACAAUUGAUGAAUAAAUCUAUACAAAUACCCACUUGUGCACAUUAUUCAC